AUGGAAGAGCAGGACCCAGAAGGACCUGGCAAGAGAGCAAGAAAAGGCUCUCAGCCCAUCCAAGCUGGGAGAGGUGUCAAAUUCUGGAAGGGAGCUGUGCCAGAGAUCUGGGAUCAGGAGCCCCUGAACUCAGAAGUACGUUGUCAGCGCUUCCGGCAGUUCCGCUACUGUGAAGUCGAUGGGCCCCGAAAGAGGUGGCGUCCAUCCCUGAAGACGGAAGCUAAACUCUGUGAGGCGGAAAGAGCUCCAUUGGAGGAAAGGCAGCGAACCCAGGCCUUGGAGCGUGCCCGAGAUGCCCUCUCACGCAGGAGUGAAGAGACAGUGUUGAUCCGUUCUCUUUGCGGAGAUGUGGAAAUAGCUGCUGUAUCUCUAGUCCAGGUAUGGGGUCUAGGUCCCCUCUCCUUUCUCAGGAAGUCUUUUCUCCUGGAGUUGUUGUUAAGGGGCCCUGCAGCACAUGUAGAGGAGACGGUUGGGGGAUUCCAGGGGUUCUCUUUGGAAAAAGCCAAGAAUAAAGACUCCAAAGGAAACGUUGGGGAUGCAGAUGGACCACAGCAGCAGGAGGGAAGCCAUGCAGACAAGAGGAAGGAUAAGGCCAUUCCUUCCCAAGGAGGGGGCUUGUGUGAAAUCUCAGUCCAAGAAGAAAGGUCAACCAAAACAAGAAGGAACAAAGGCCUCUGUGCUAACCGGAGAAACCGCUCCAGGGAAAACGAAAAUUCAAGUGUGGCCUUUAGAAAGACCUUCAGUAAGAAUCUGAGUAUUAUUUCUAAGAGACAAAUUCCCUCAGGAGAGAAACUAUAUGAUUGCGAGGAAUGCGGAAAGACCUUCAGUCUGAAGACAGCCCUUACUUCACAUGAAAUAAUUCACUCAGGGGAGAAACCUUUUGAAUGCUCAGAGUGUGGAAAGAGAUUCAGUCAGCAUAGCCAUCUUCAACUACAUCAAAGAAUCCACACAGGGGAGAAACCUUUUGAAUGCUCAGAGUGUGGAAAGAGAUUCAGUCAGCAUAGCCAUCUUCAACUACAUCAAAGAAUCCACACAGGGGAGAAACCUUUUGAAUGCUCAGAGUGUGGAAAGAGAUUCAGUCAGCAUAGCCAUCUUCAACUACAUCAAAGAAUCCACACAGGAGAGAAACCUUUUGAAUGCUCAGAGUGUGGAAAGAGAUUCAGUCAGAGAUGCGAUCUUCAACGACAUCAAAGAAUCCACACAGGGGAGAAACCUUUUGAAUGCUCAGAGUGUGGAAAGAGAUUCAGUCAGAGUAGCCAUCUUCAACUACAUCGAAGAAUCCACACAGGAGAGAAACCUUUUGAAUGCUCAGAGUGUGGAAAGAGAUUCAGUCAGAGACGCAAUCUUCAGGUGCAUCAAAGAAUGCACACCGGGGAGAAACCUUUUGAAUGCUCAGAAUGUGGAAAGAGAUUCAGUCAGAGUGGCCAUCUUCAACAGCAUCAAGGAACCCACACAGGGGAGAAACCUUUUGAAUGCUCAGAGUGUGGAAAGAGAUUCAGUCAGAGUAGCAAUCUUCAAAAUCAUCUAAGAACCCACACAGGAGAGAAACCUUUUGAAUGCUCAGAGUGUGGAAAGAGAUUCAGUCAGAGAUGCGAUCUUCAACGACAUCAAAGAAUCCACACAGGGGAGAAACCUUUUGAAUGCUCAGAGUGUGGAAACAGAUUCCGUCACAUUGGCAGUCUUCAAAAUCAUCUAAGAACCCACGCAGGAGAGAAACCUUUUGAAUGCUCAGAGUGUGGGAAGAGAUUCAAUCAGAGACACAGUCUUCAACGGCAUCAAAGAACCCACACAGGAGAGAAAACCUGGAUGCUCAGUGUCAAAAGAGAUUCAGUUGGAGACGCAAUUUUCAAUUGCAUCAAAGACCAGGAGAAAAAUAUUCAGAUGGAGACACUCCAAUUUGAUCACCCAUCUUCUCUCAGUUUUUUACACGGCACCCUCUUGGAAGCCUAA